AUGGAUACCCGCAAGGAAAGCAAGGUAAGAAAACAACCCAUGAAACCCAAAACGACGAAGCGAAAAGAAAAGAAAUACAAAACCGGGAGGUUUAUGAGAAGGAAAUCGCUGCGAUCUUUUGGGAAUUUCAUGGGAAGGAUCCUUAAAACUUUGGGCACUUUGGCGCACUUUGGCGACGCGCAACCGCCGGACGCAGAGGACGACGACGGCGGUUUUGGGCAAAGCGCUACAGGCGACUGUUCGCACAUCCCCAGGGAGGGAACCGUGAAGAAGAGCUCCACGGUGUCCUCUCAUGGCUCGGUGAAAGACAGACUUUCGUGGUGCUACGGCGACAAGACCCCCGGGGUGCUGGGACUAAAGAACCACGGCAACACCUGUUUCAUGAACGCCGUGGUUCAGUGCCUCAGCAACACGGACCUGCUGGCUGAGUAUCUCGGGCUGGAGCAGUACAAGUCGGAUAUUUGCCACAGGAGGGUGAACGGGGAAGUGAGAGGCCAGGAGCCAAGGAUCGCCGGGGGAGAAGUGACUGUGCAGCUGGCUUCGCUGGUUCGAGCGCUCUGGACGCUGGACUACACACCACAGCUCUCCGUGGAGUUCAAGAGCAUAGUGGCCAAGUACGGCUCUCAGUUUCGGGGAAACUCUCAGCAUGAUGCUCUGGAGUUCCUCCUCUGGCUUUUGGAUAGAGUUAAUGAAGAUGUCAAUCCAAGCCCCAGUAGCAGCAGCAAGACCAAAGCCAACGUCAAGGCAUCCAGUUCAUUGGAGGAUCCCUCCAGUCCCAGUUCAGCUAGCACACAGCAGUCCAGAGGUCGACACAGUUUUGUCCAGGAUCACUUUCAGGCUCAGUACAGGUCUUCUCUGACGUGCCCUCAUUGCCUUAAGCAGAGCAACACCUUCGACCCGUUUCUAUGUAUCUCCCUGCCUAUCCCCCUACGACAAACCAGGCCGAUGUGUGUGACCCUGGUGUUCAGUACAAAGGGUCAGAGGUAUCUUCGGGUGGGGCUGGCUGUACCUCUCAUUGGUUCCUUGUCCUGCCUGAGAGCCAUGGUAGCAGAGGAGGGCAAAAUCUCUCCAGACCAGGUCAUCUUAUCAGAGUUGUACUCCACGGGUUUCCAGCGUUCCUUCGCAGAUGGCGAUGACUUGACAGCAAUCGCUGAUAGCGACGUCAUAUACGCCUUCCAGGCUCCACUCCUCUACAGUCGUGGAGGCUCUGCACCACACUCAGGGUAUCACCACAGCCUCCCCUCCUCUCCUUACACGUCUGCUGCUGGGCCUGAUGGUCAAAGAUUACCAUCAUCUGGCACGCUCUCCUCUGAAUACCUGAACCAAGGUGGCUCCACAAAGGUUCUUCUCCUUAUCUGCAACACAGCAGGAUCUGGCCCUCAGGCCAUCAGGUUUGGACCUCCAUUUCUCAUGCGUGAGGACAGGAGCGUCUCCUGGGACCAGCUGCAGCAGAGCAUUCUCAGCAAGCUCUAUUAUCUGAUGCUGAAUGGAUCUCAGGCUCAGAAUGCUGGGGUGCUGUUUAAGGUCCGAGUGGUGGGAGGAUCGGCAUCCUACAGUUACUUGUCCCCACAGGACAGCAGGCCUUUGUACCACCCUGCGGUUGACAGAGCCCUGAAGUUUUGCGGCCCCGGGGGACCUCCACAUGUGAAGGUUGUCAUUGAGUGGGAGCACAAGAUUAAAGAAUGUCUGUUUGGCAGCAUCCAGGAGGAGGUGGUGAAGGAUGCGGAAAGUGUAAGGAACCAGCAGCAGCAGCACCUACAGCAGCAUAGUUGUACCUUGGAUGAGUGCUUCCAGCUGUAUACCAAAGAGGAACAGCUUGCCCCAGACGAUGCUUGGAAGUGCCCCCACUGUAAGCAGCUUCAGCAGGGCAUGGUAAAGAUGAGCCUGUGGACACUCCCUGACAUACUGAUCCUUCAUCUCAAGCGCUUCCGACAGGUGGGCGAGCGGAGGAACAAGCUAUCAACCCUGGUGCAUUUCCCUCUGACUGGUUUGGAUAUGGCCCCCCAUGUGGUGAAGAGGAGUCAGAGUAUGAGGAACCUGAACAUGGGGGCCUGGCCACCAUCGUGGAAACAGUCCUCAGGCCAACACCACCAACCUGCUGAUAUGAACCUCCCCCACGACUAUCUGUAUGACCUUUACGCUGUGUGUAACCAUCAUGGAGGAAUGCACGGUGGACACUAUACUGCCUACUGCAGGAACUCAGUGGACAGCCAGUGGUAUAGCUAUGAUGACAGCAGUGUAGACCUGGUGCCAGAGGAGGAAGUAUGUACCAGAGGGGCCUACAUCCUUUUCUACCAGAGACGCAAUGUCAUUCCUUCAUGGUCGGCCAGUAGCUCCCUCAGAGGCUCCACAAGUUCAUCAAUGUCAGAUCACUGGCUAAUCCGGCUGACAAGCAACAGUAAGAGAGGCAGUCUUGUGUCUAGAUCCUCCACCACCUGCCCGUCUUCCAUACCUGACUCGCCAGAGUCUCCAGUCUUCCUUGAGAAUGGUUCUAAAGAGGAAAGAGGGGGUUUUGAGAGCAGGCCAUUUGUCAGGGGUCUUCAAGGACGCAGUGUGAGUAUGAGAGCCCCCACCAAGACCAAGGACACCCUGAGCAAAGUGCUUCCCCUGCGCUGGUCCUUUGGUUCAAAAGACCGACGAAAACCUCACCCAGCACCUCCAGGGGCCCAAGAUCCUGCUCCUGUGGAGCUGGUCCAGUAUUUGGAAUCUGGCCGGCGACCCCGGUGUACAAAGGAUCCAAUAGUAAUGCUGAUGAGCGAACCACGCAGUGCAAAGGAAUCUGCUGAGAGCAAGACUGCAACCAAUAUUCGAUCUUCCAGUGUUGGGAGCUUAAGUUUUGUGGGUAAAGCAGGAGAUGAUGCUGAAUCUCCACAGGUCCCAGAGGGCCAGAAGAGGCCAUCAGACAAAACAGCCACCUUGAGACGAAGUAAGGGGAGCCAGCCAAGGGAUGAGGCUACCACCAAUAUCAGCAGUAGUUCUAGCAGCAACACCCUAACCAGGAGAAAAGAUGCCAAGAAGCAGAGCUCCUCCAAAGCUCUCCAGGAUACUGAGCCAAAAAUGGGCUCCAGUGCUGGAGUUCAGCCCAGCUACAGUACUCCCAGCCUUCAUGAUGGGACUCUGAGAAGACAAAUGGGAGACAGGGCUGAUAGGGAGCGUCAUGUUGCAUAUGAAGGAAACUCUAAGCCUAAGAAGGGAGAAGUGCACAAGAGCCAUGAGGGACUGCUCUCUUUCUUGAAAGGUAACUUCCUAAAGAAGGAUAAGGACCCAAAGAAGUCCAAAGAGAGUGAGUCAGGGAAAGGAGGAGGUGAGGAGGGAGGCAGAAGGACUCUCUCUAGGCUGUCGCUGUCCAACGGAGCAGCAGGAGGCGGAACUGGGGUGGAGGGUGGCAAGUCUUAUGGCUCAGGCCAGCUGGGCAGUGAGCUGUCAAACGGGAAGUUGGGACGAACCACCGCGUCUGACAUCAAACGCUCCCAGAGCUCCUCCAACAUCCCCACAAAGGCAGAGCAGAGCAUGCGCAGGACAGCAUCUCUACAUCGUAACGGGAUGUCUACAGCGCCUGCACCAACACACAGCCUGACAACAGACAAACCAUCUUACGGUACCCUGCAGAGGACUCGUUACAGCACAACUUCACUGGGACGCAAAAGAACAGUCCCCGAGUCCAGCUUCUGA